AUAAAAGUCAUAUUUAUUCAAACGGGGUACAAGAGUUUUAAGAAUUGUCGUUAUUCACACAGUCCAGUACUAUCUUAACCUUUUGUGACUUUGCUUCCGCAUACGUCAUACGAAUUCGCCGGCUGGCGCUCAGUUGUUUUUUUUUUUUUUGAAGAAAAUACAACCGACGAUGGCUUGCUCUGACACUUUCAAUCGACUAAUCCUACUUUUAAUGUUCAUUUAAAGUGAAGAAUAGUCCAAGAAGUAUGUCGCUGCUUUCCUCCGUCGAGACAGCAAUCAAGUCGUGCAAAGACGAACAGGCGAGGGUGAACGGCCGCAUUCAAUUGUACAAAGAACUACUACAAAGUUUGACAGCUCCCGAAGAGCCAGAACCAACAACGGAUGGUCUGAUAGACACAGCACCUUCAUCCUCAGUGGAGACACAAGAAAUGAAACUGCUUGAGGAAGCAUUAGAAAAAGCCCUACACGUGCGCGCUGGCACGAAGCUUUCCAGUAAAGACCCCAAGGGAAACAAACCCACUCAUUUUCAAAAGGACCUUGCCACCUUACCCAAAGCGAUGACGAUAAAAGCCUCUUUUGCCUUCAAAGGAAAUCAAACUGCCAGCAAAGCAACCCUCAAGUCUGCCAGCAGUGACAAAAAAGCGCCCGAAAAGCCUGUGACGUCUUCGAGAUCCUCAACCGCCUGCGGUCCCGGAAAGCAUAAAAGCGCCGUUUGUAAAAAUUUGCUUAAGACCCAUUCGAAGACGAUGCAUCAGGCUAUAAAAAGUGUCCAGCAGACUCCCCCAGUUAGCAUCACCGAUGGAAGCAUCACGCCAAGUGGUGAGCUCAAAGUUUCAGCUGCAACAGCGUCACAUGACAAAGGAGGCACGGGAGAUCACAGUCUGCCUCAACCAAGAAGCGCGGUGAACGAGCAGAAGGAACGGUGGAUCUGUCUGAGGCUCAAAAAAAACAGAAUGUGGGACAAAGUGCUGGCCGCUCAAAGGAAACCUGCGCCCGGGAGGAGUCGCUUCAUGGAGAGAAUGAGAGCAACGUUUCCCAAGGACUGGCCACCUGGAAGCCCGGAGCAGAUCGGACAUCUGGUUAGCAGACUGACUCACCGGGUUGAUGACCUCGCCCAGCGUUGCCAGACAAUGGACCUUCUGGACCAACAGACCCCAGAGCAAGGCGCGGAACUGGGGAUUAAAGAAAAUUUGUGUCUAACGCCUGAGAGACUGCAAAUGACAGCAGUGGAGCUGCGGAAUGUUGCAGAGCAAGCAAAACAAGAGUGGCAAGCCUGGGAUCGAUGGAGGCCAGAGGGAGUUUGCCUUUACGCCGCCGGGCCAGCGGAAGGUGAGGCGAUCGCGCGCCGUCUGCCCGUGACUAUCACUUACGGCUCAGAGUCUGAGCUGCGGCAGCUGGAAGCAACCAGGAUGAGAGUGGCUCUGCUGCAGCAGGAGAUUUACAUCCAGCAGGCUCUGCUUGACGCUCUAUCCCCUCAACUGGCCUCCAUCGUCCCUUCUUGUACGAACUGCAGUGUGCUGAGAGACUUGUACUCCCUCCUGGGUGAAGGAGGUCAGCGUUUCCCUGUUAUCGUCCUGGACCCCGAGCCUGAGGCACUUACGGAGAUAGAGAACCAUUUGCAAUAAGUGGGAACUGAACCGACGCAAUAAAGUCCGUGCGCCGAUGGGCCUCCAUGUAGUGCGAUGAAACAUCCUCAACCAGACCGUAUCGUAUUCAACACACCGGUCCCGAUGGGCGUGGCACCUAUACGACGCUGCCUUCCUCUGACCUGAAUGCACUAAUGCAUUUCAACCAGAGUGCAAGCAGCUAAUCAGUUUCUUACACUCUGGCUGUCACCAGCUCAGUUCUCCCAUUCCCACCAGUUCGAUCUGUCUCAUGCCAGCGAGCCAUGUUUCUCUCCGUUUAUCCCUAUACCCUUAUUUUCCAGAGAGGAGGAAGAUGUUUUGUUUCCCCAUCUCAAAAAUGUAGCGAUCAACAGUUCUAUGGCCACUGGUUGCGGGGUAAUGUUCCGAGGGUUUAAGCAUAACUGCAGUAAAGGCCAAUGAAAAAAUUGCCGUGCUCGUCCAACUAGGUCAACAGGGUGUGAAUGUGAGCGCGAAUGCUUUUCUACAUGCGUCCUACGACUGACUGGUGACCAUUCCACAGUGUAUAUUGAAGAAACCUCAAACAGGCGGGGUUGAGCAGAUGGGGGGAGGAAUGAGAGAACACUGGGCACAACAACAGCCGUAUUAACAACGAUAACAGUUCCAUGAUGGCGGCGCAAUGAGAGAGAGCGCGAUAAAAGAGAAAUAGGAAACCUUUCUGUAUGGUUGCUGAUGAGGUGAGAAGGGCAGAAAAGAGGGAGGGUAGCUCUGCGCAUCCUCAAAAAUCAAAUUAUUUCUUCUUUCUCUUUUUGGGGAUUUCCCAAUGCAUAUUAUCAACAACUUGUCACUCUCAGACUGGAAUGGUGUGCGUGUGGGUGUGGAACCCUCCAUUUCCCACUUAACAGAGGCUAAAAAGAAAUUCCACAGAAACUCAAAAGCUCCCCCAGGAAUCUCUGCGUGCUCUUGAGCAUGUUGUUUUCUCCUCGAGUGCUCACAAAAACAUUCCUCUCCUCCCGUCCCCUGCUUUGUUUCUCCUCUCGAGUUCUCCUUUGGAGCAACAGCAUUGGCCGCUUAGUCACUAUGUUCGUCUGAUCGACUGCAUUUGGGCGUGCUGUAUUCUUUAUUUCCAUUUCCAGCAUUCUCCUGAGCAAGGCGUUCUCCUUUCGCAGAAGGGAAACUGUCUCUAACGGGAAACAUCUCGAACGGGAAAAGAGUGAACUGUAUCUUAGGGGAUCUUACACUAAUGGAAACGUGGUUGGCUUACAUAUGAGAAUAUUAGGUAUCCAAUUAUCUCGUAAUGUGGGCCUUGAGGAGCUGGCCUUCCUUUUGAUCGAAUCACGACGAGACAGCCAAAGUCAUGCUACUUCCUGCAAUUUUUAAUCCUUAAUUCAUUUUGGUCGCAUUUUCAGUCGUUAAAGAUUAUCUACUCACCGGCCAUGAUAUCUGGUACCUAAGCACCACCUAUAGGGAACACCGUAUGAAAAGAAUGCAGGUUCUGAGGAUCGGAGUUCGAAUCUUGGCCUUCAUUUGUGGCGCUUGCAUGUCUUUUCUUCGGGUAUUCCUCCUAUAUUCGAAAGAGACCGGAAGUGAGUUUAAAAUGUUGUUUGUCUCUAUGUGGCAGUCUGCGAUUGACUGGCAACCAGUCCAGAGUGUACCCGCCAAAGUCAGCAGGCACAGGCUCCAGGUCACCCGCGACUAUAAUGAGGAUAACCACGAUAGAAAUGAAGUGAAUGAAUGGAUAUUACACCGUGCGGCUGUACCUAAUUAAGCGUCUGGCCCACAUAGUUGUAGCAACAAUACAUCAGACUUGCAUAUUGUUGUUUAUGUGUCUUCUCCAACAAACACACAUCAACCAGACAAACGGAGGGAGCGUAGCUUGCCGGUGACAUCAUAGAGAGAGACGCAAGAAAAGUCGCAAGGGUGCACAGAGUGGAAGGUUGAUUUUUUAUGGAAAAGUACUACGCUUGCCUUUCCUACAACAAGACCUGGCAUCACUGCUGUUUAUGUGAGUAGGUGGGAAUGGAGUGGGGGCAGUCUCCUGUUGACAUGUGCGGGAAUGGUAAGCACUGUUUGUGCAUGUGAAGAAGGUGAAGACGUCUGCUUGGUGUUUUAACAAGUCUCUUCGUAUAGGCUUUCUCAUUAAAUGAAAGCGUCCACAUGUAAACCCCCUGUGGUGCACCAGUCGUGAAUAGUCAUGUGGUGGUGAUGACACACCUUUUUUAUUGCAGAGUGGCGCAGUGCAUGUUAAAUUUACGCCAAAGGAGGGAUUCUCCCUCAUGCCGCAGUUGGCUUCUGGCUUUUUUUUUUUCUACAAAAUAACAUUGACUCUACUAGAAUUGUGAGGUAUGAAUGGGGUGAUGCAGGAAAAAAAAAAGACGGGGAACUGUUAACUCUCCUCUUUUCUGGUCUUCAUUACAACCCCGCUCCUCCCUGAUUCAGGGUGGCACGAUGUCACACAAAUGAACACCAAUGGGAGUACUCGGACUUCCCCGGAGCUCCUCCUUCUCCUCCCCGCUUCUUUAUAUGUGCCUCGCCGCUGCGUUCAGUUCCAGUGCACAACGUGCUGCCUCAGAGCUCGAGAAGCCACAGUGAGGAGAGGCAGUGACAAAGGGAGGAGGAGGAGAGUGUUGUUUUAGGACCAAUUUUAUCAGAAAUCUUUUCCUGCUCCGGUCUGCAGAGACCUUAUCGCUCUGUUUGGACUUCGUAUAUCUGAUUGACUCCACAAAGGGGUUCAAGCGAUAAUUCACCUGCCCCUGCAGCGAAA